AUGGCUGAACAAAUCUCUCUGGUGGAUGUGUCGUCAUCCGUGUCUCUGAGAGGCGAAGACUCCAGCAAUGUUGCACUAUUAAGAGACGUCUUCUUACCUGAUGUUGCUGCAAGCGACCCAGCAGAGUCUAGUGUUGAUGUUCAGGAUGAGCACUCUUCAGAUGACUCUGAUAAUGAGAACGAAGUCUUUCCCAAACAAAAUGAUUUUUCACAGCGACGACGAAUCCAAAACGCUCAGUUUGAAGCCCUGCUGUCCAAGUGCACAGAUGCUGAUUCCAACGAAGCCUUUGAUAGAGCGCCAAUAGCUUUAUCAGACGGUGAGUUAUCCAUCGCUCAUUUGGUCAAGAAGCAAGAUCUGGGAAAUGGGAUGUUGGACCCGAGAGAAUACCAGAUCGAACUGUUCGAACGGGCGAAGACGCAGAACACAAUUGCUGUUCUUGAUACAGGAUCGGGAAAGACAUUGAUCGCCGUGCUUUUGCUGAGGCAUACUAUCUUGAAUGAGCUGGACGAUCGCGCGAAUGGGAAGACGCAUCGUGUGUCGUUCUUUCUGGUAUUUGUCUUGCUUGCCUUGGGGAGGUGUAUACUAACUUGGUGCAAGGUUGACAGCGUCACACUCGCAUAUCAACAGGCGGCGGUUUUGCGCAAUAACAUUGACCAGAAUGUUGCGCACUUCUUUGGAGCCAUGGGCACUGACCUAUGGGAUAAACGGACAUGGGAUAAGCAUUUGCAGCGGAACAUGGUGAUUGUUUGUACAGCGGAGAUCCUGAACCAAUGCUUGCUCAAUUCAUACGUAAGGAUGGAUCAAAUAAACCUUCUGAUCUUUGAUGAAGCUCAUCAUGCGAAGAAAGAUCACCCAUAUGCCCGCAUCAUCAGGGAUUCUUAUUUCAAAGCACAGCCUUCUCAGAGGCCACGGGUCUUCGGAAUGACAGCUUCGCCAAUCGACACAAAAGGCGACAUCACAGAAGCCGCAACGUAUGUUCUCAGCCGGAGACUAGAGACUUUUUUGGAUAGUCGAAUUGCCACAACGUCAAAGAUCACACUCUUACGAGAAGUUGUCAGUCGCCCGAUAGAGAAAGUGUGGGCGUACAACAGGCUUGAGCCACCUUUCGCAACAGAACUUUAUAAGCUCAUGGAUACUCGUUAUGGCAAUAUCAAGGUACUCGAAGGAGUCUAUAGAUUUGCCUGGAAUGCGAGCUCGGAAUUGGGAAAAUGGUGUUCAGACAGAGCAUGGUGGCAUGCCUUGGCAGAUGAUGUGUUGCCUAAACUUGAGGGUAACAUCAACAAGCUUAUCGAGUCAAACACCAUGAAGGCAGAACAUGGUGCUGUUUUCAAAGAUAUUAUACGCAUCAGAGAAGCGAGUGAAACAGUCAAGAACUACUUUUUCACUGAUCCCGAGCUCCCAGGUGAACUCAGCCCUAAAGUGCAGCGUCUCCGCAUGGAACUUAGCAAACACUUCAAUGAUACCACAGGAACAAAAUGUAUUGUCUUUACGCAGAAGCGCUACACUGCCAAAAUUCUCAAUGAGCUUUUCACAGUCCUGAACAUUCCGAAUUUACGUCCAGGGGUUCUCAUAGGCGUUAGACCCGGCGACAUCGGUGGCAUGAACAUUACGUUUCGGCAACAGUUCCUUGCUCUGGUGAAAUUCAGAACAGGAGAGAUUAACUGCUUGUUUGCUACAUCAGUGGCGGAAGAAGGUCUCGAUAUCCCAGAUUGCAAUCUGGUUAUCAGAUUCGAUCUUUAUCGCACACUUAUCCAGUAUGUACAAAGUCGAGGACGAGCUAGACAUUGCACCUCUACGUACGCGAUUAUGGUCGAAAAGGACAAUGCAGAGCAUGAAGGACGCCUUAAAGAGAUUCGUGAGGCUGAAAAUAUUAUGCGGCGCUUCUGUGAAAUUCUCCCUGAAGAUCGAAUAUUGCAUGGCAACGACCACGACUUAGAUUCGUUCCUCCAGGAAGAGGAAGGAAGACGAACCUUUACUGUUAAAAGCACAGGUGCAAAGCUUACGUAUCAUUCCGCUAUUGCAAUCCUUGCGCGUUAUGCCAGUUCUCUGCAAUACGAGAAGGAAACUGUACCUCAAGUGACAUAUGUGGUUACGAUUGCCAGCAAUGCCUAUGUUUGCGAAGUGAUAUUGCCUGAAAAGUCGCCCAUCCGAGGACUCACUGGAAGCCCAGCAAUGAGAAAAGCCGUCGCCAAACGAUCUGCGGCUUUCGAUACGUGCCUCUUGCUCCGGAAGAACAGGUUGCUUGAUGGUUAUUUUAAUUCGAUCUAUCAUAGACGCUUGCCAGCAAUGAGGAACGCAAAGUUAGCCAUUACGUGUAAGCGAACGAACGCGUAUGACAUGCUCUUGAAGCCUUCCAUCUGGGCUAAACAACGGACUACUCCCACUGAAACAUUUUAUGGGAUUCAUAUGUCCCUUCUGCCUUCGAAACCAUUGAGUCGCGACCACAGGCCUAUACUCUUGCUGACCAGAGAAAAGUUGCCAGAGUUCCCUGCAUUCUCAAUCUACCUUGACGAAGACGUCGAGACUAAGGUCCUAUCCUACCCACUGAAGCAUGGCUUGCAAAUAUCGGUUGACAAACUGCAGUCGCUGACUGUAUUUACCCUUCGCAUAUUUCGGGACAUUUUCCACAAGGUUUAUGAACAUGAAGUCCAAAAGAUGCCGUACUGGCUUGCCCCAGCAGAGGCGAUCGAUGGUCGUGGCAGCGGAAAAAAUCCUCGCGAUUGUAUUGACUGGGAUACGGUAUCCUUUGUACACAAUAACGACGAAAUCACUUUUACUAGGAACCUGAAUCCUGAGUCAUUGGUAAAUCGGUUUAUAUUCGACAAUUGGGACGGGCGGUUUCGUUAUUUCACAGUUGCUGUGGCUGAUACAUUGCAACCCUCUGAUCCGCCACCACCUUCGGUGCCACGCCGCAGGUAUAUGAACAAUAUUAUGAACUACACUCUGAGCCUGUCAAAGAAUUCACGAGCCAGGUUUCUUUCCAGCUGCGACUGGAAUCAGCCAGUUCUCCAGGCGGAGCUUGUCCGCCUUCGCCGGAAUCUCCUGGAUAAGAUGACCACCCAGGAGAAAGAGAUGCAAACAGAGUGCUUUAUAUGUGCAGAGCCGCUGAGGAUAUCUGCUUUGCCUCCUUCGAUAGUGUCUACCUGUCUCGCAUUUCCAGCAAUCAUCAGCAGACUGGACUCAUACCUUAUUGCUCUCGAAGCAUGUGACGAACUCGAACUGGUUAUUCGACCCGAUUUUGCCUUGGAGGCUUUUACGAAGGAUUCGGACAAUACUGAGGAGCAUCGAGGUCAACAAAUCCAUUUCCAGCGAGGUAUGGGCAAGAACUACGAACGUUUAGAGUUCCUGGGCGAUUGUUUCCUAAAAAUGGCAACGUCGAUUGCGCUAUUUUCUCAGAACCCAAAUGAUGACGAAUUUGAUUACCAUGUGAACCGGAUGUGCCUCAUUUGCAACAAGAAUCUCUUCAAUACGGCUAUUAAGAAGCAGAUAUACCGAUACAUCCGCAGCCGGGGAUUUUCAAGACACAUAUGGUAUCCUGAUGGGUUGACGUUGUUGCAUGGGAAGGACCACAGCACAAAGCUCCUCUCCGAAGGAAAGCAUGCCCUUGGAGAAAAGACGAUUGCUGACGUUUGUGAGGCUCUGAUCGGAGCAUCGUUGCUGUCAGGCGGCCCCGAACAUAGGUUUGACAUGGCUACGAAAGCAGUGAGUGCUCUGGUUGACAGCCCCAGCCACCGCGUCUCCUGUUGGAAGGAAUAUAUCACUCUCUACACUCUGCCGAAAUACCAGACCGAGAAACACCGAGGGUCUGAGGAUGAUCUAGCUCGUCACGUUGAGGAGGAGCUGGGUUACCACUUCACUUAUCCCAGACUCCUCGCAUCUGCCAUCACCCAUCCUUCUCUCCCUUCGACGUGGGGCUACCGUGUGCCCUGCUACCAGCGACUUGAAUUCCUUGGCGAUUCGCUGCUAGAUAUGGUCUGUGUGGAGGACCUAUUUCGGAGGUUUCCUGAUCGAGAUCCUCAAUGGCUUUCGGAGCAUAAGAUGGCAAUGGUAUCAAAUAAGUUCCUUGGCGCAUUGUCAGUGAAGUUGGGGUUCCAUCGGCGCAUCAUGGCUUUCAGCAACCCUCUACAAGCUCAAAUUACACACUAUGUUGAGGAGAUCGAGACUGCACAAGCCGAAAGCCAGGGAGCGUGUUUGCCAGACAUGGUCGAAGCGUAUCUCGGAGCGAUUUUCGUGGACUCAAAGUUCGACUUCCAGGUAAUAGAGGCGUUCUUUGAGCGCCAGAUCAAACCAUUUUUUGAGGAUAUGUCAAUUUAUGACACCUUCGCCAACAAGCAUCCAACUACUUUCCUCCACAACAAGCUGACGAACGAGUACGGCUGUACAAACUACUGCUUGAAAGCAGGAGAAUUGCCUACCAUUGACGGGGCGCCAGCUACCGUCCUUGCUGCUGUCAUUGUGCACGGUAACGUGAUUUCUGAGGCAAGGUCGUCUUCCAGUCGCUAUGCAAAAAUCACGGCAAGUGAGAAGGCUUUGGCAGUGCUUGAUGGUCUUCUGCCCUCUGAAUUCUGUCAGAAGUACCGUUGUGAUUGUAAAGAAACAAAGAACUCUUCUUCUGUAGUGGAGAUUGGGACUGCGAUUUGA